CAGAAAAACUGAUGAAUGCAAACUAGAAUUUAUUAAAAAUACAAAGACACAAAGUGAAGUUGAUAGCACUGAUACUGAAGUUUUGUUUGGCUCCAUGUGAGAAAGAAAGGGCUUUCCUGUCCAUCCCUCAUCCACUUUUGACUGUUUCAGUCUGUACGUCCCAUAACAGUGUAAGGGACCACAAUCAUAAGGAUAAGGGCACUUUAAAACAAAAAAAAUUAAUUCAGAGGCCAAAAGACAUUUAUACAUUUUCUAAGAAUAUUGCAGGUCUGAUGAGGAGUAAACUCAAGUUCAUACUUGUUCUGUUAGGUUAUGAAGUUCAGCUGGAGAGCCUUGAUCAGCAAAGUAAGGGGGGCAGACUAUUUAGACCAGCCUCCUACUACUGCACCAGAUGUCCCUGGGAGAGCCAGAGCAGCUGCUUUAGGUAGAACACAGUGAGCAUUUUUGUUGCCGGCAUGGCCAGGUGGAGAGUUUGGAGCAGUCCAGUGUUACUGCCAUGGACCUGGAGAGAAGAGCUGAGCAUAGGUGUGCGCUGCAGCAGUAGUAUGCCGGUGGUCAGGCAGGCAUACGCAGAAAGCAGCAGCAUCGUCAGGCCUUUCAGUGAGAUCCCUGGGCUGUGGAAAAAUGGUGUGGCUAACUUGUACAAUUUCUGGAAACUGGAUGGCUUCAGGAACCUUCACCGCAUCAUGGUACAGAACUUCAACACUUUUGGACCCAUUUACAGAGAGAAAAUAGGUUAUUAUGAGAGUGUGAACAUCAUCAGUCCUGAGGAUGCUGCUAUCCUGUUCAAAGCAGAGGGCCAUUAUCCUAAAAGGCUGAAAGUUGAAGCCUGGACGUCAUACAGAGACUACAGGAAUCGCAAAUAUGGAGUUUUACUAAAGAAUGGUGAAGACUGGCGAUCAAACCGGGUUAUUCUCAACAAGGAGGUUAUUACACCUAAGGUGCUGGAAAACUUUGUGCCUUUGCUGGAAGAGGUGGGCCUUGAUUUUGUGGCCAGAGUUCACAAAAAGAUAAAGCGAAGUGGCCAGAACAAAUGGACCACUGACUUCUCUCAGGAACUCUUUAAAUAUGCACUAGAAUCUGUGAGCUCAGUGCUUUAUGGGGAGCGUCUGGGUUUGAUGCUGGACUACAUUGACCCUGAAGCUCAACAUUUCAUCGACUGCAUCACCCUGAUGUUCAAAACUACCUCACCCAUGCUGUACAUACCUCCAGAUCUGCUGAGGCGGAUUGGAGCAAAGGUGUGGCGAGACCAUGUGGAGGCCUGGGACGGCAUCUUCAACCAAGCUGACCGCUGCAUCCACAACAUCUACAGGCAGUUACGCCAAGAAACAGGCCCUCUGAAGAAAUACCCUGGAGUCUUGGCUAGCCUGCUCCUGCUGGACAAGUUGUCCAUCGAAGACAUCAAGGCCAGCGUCACUGAGUUAAUGGCUGGAGGAGUAGAUACAACCUCUAUAACACUGCUGUGGACACUGUAUGAACUGGCCAAACACCCUAACCUCCAGGAGGAGCUGAGAGCGGAGGUGGCCGCUGCCCGAGCUGAAAGCCAGGGGAACAUGGUGGAGAUGCUGAAGCGGAUUCCCUUGGUCAAAGGAGCCCUGAAGGAAACACUAAGGUUGCAUCCUGUUGCAGUCAGUUUGCAAAGAUACAUCGCAGAGGAUAUCAUCAUUCAAAACUACCACAUACCAUCAGGGACUCUGGUCCAGUUAGGACUGUAUGCGAUGGGCAGAGACCCCAAAGUGUUUUUCCGUCCAGAGCAGUAUCAGCCCUCCCGAUGGCUCAGAACAGAGACCCAGUACUUCAAGAGCCUGGGCUUCGGCUUUGGUCCACGUCAGUGUUUAGGACGCAGGAUAGCUGAGACUGAGAUGCAAAUCUUCCUCAUCCAUAUGCUUGAGAACUUCAAAGUGGAGAAACAGCGACAUGUGGAAGCACAGAGUACUUUUGAGCUCAUUCUAAUACCUGAUAAGCCUUUAAUAUUAACUCUGAAGCCUUUACAAAGUGGUCAACAAGUUUGAGAGACAAUGUUGGCGCAUAGUUAUAUAGUCACACUCUUCUAUAGCCCCUAUUCCCUGUGAAAGGGUUUAACAAGCACCAACAAAAUGUUUUAUCUUCCAAACAUGUUGUUGAAGAGCAAGAGAAACUCCUUAGGAAACCAGAAGCUAAAAAACACAGUACCUCAGUAUUCAAUAACCAGAAAACAAUGUAAUUAUAUGUACUGUACAUUAGUCAGCAGUGGGUAGUCGGUGUACACAAAAUAUUGGAAAUGUAAUGUACAGAACAUUUGGUACAUCUUAUUCAUUAGUGUUGCAUAAAACUGUACAAGUAAUACCAAAUAUAGCUUGUAACAUGUAACUUUAUUAUAUGUAUAUUAAUAUGUAAACAUAUUUAUUCUGUAAAGUGUCUUCAAUGUCACAUUAAAAUAAAGACAAGUGCCAGUGUGUUUGGUAUUCCUUAACAGUGUAAGGAAAUACUAACCUACAGAAAACUGGACAAAAUGAUCAUACAGUCACGGAAUAAAUUAUUAGACCAUCAAAAGUCAUCAAAAACAAUGGUUAUGCAAUCAAGUACUAACUCCUGUAUGUAUCAUGUGAUUAAAACAGACAGAAAAGA